AUGAUCAUGGCGAUCGUCACGCAUACUGCCUAUACCAGCGUGCAGGAUCCAGAGCCAGAGCUGGACCUCGAGGCAGGCCUGCCCUUGCAAGACUUCAAGCCCGCAUCCGCAUCCCAUCCCCUCCUCCCAUCAACGCCCACAGCAACCCAAAUGCCUUCAGUAAAUGCGCAGACUGAACACCAAACCACACCCGAGCGCAACGAUCAAGCAUUUCUCAAGUCCACACGGGCCUCUUUUCUAUCUGCCUUGGCCAGAUUCGAGGACGUUUUGCACUCCACCGCGAGCAAAUACAAGGUCGUUUUCAAGGCCGCUGCAGUUAUACUAAUGACUCCUUUCAUUAUCACCACGAUAGUGCUCGCGGCGUUCAUUGCUUCUAUUCUUGGCAUUGGGGCAUUCAAUAUCAUUCUCUGGCUCCUUUCGCCUCUGCUGGCUGUUUUUGGUGAGGUUGUUAUGUGGUUGAUGGCGGGGUGGGACUUGAGGUCUUAG